UCAAGUAGUCUGGUCCAAUUGUGGAAAGUUGUCAAAUUAAGGUGCAAUUGCAGAAUAAAGGUAUAUUCAAGUAAUUUGUGGCCCACCUAUAAGCUUCAAACCCCCCAAACAACAACAGCACCAAGAUUCACUGUUUACUUGUCACUUGUCACUUGUCACUCUCCCUCCCCACCCCCGGGCAAAUCGACUUGGGUAUCUACAGUGUACACUACAUACUUUCAUUGCAUUCCACAUUUUGUUAGUGUUUGUAUAUGUUGAACGCAAAGAUAAUUGCCAUGGAUUUCACUUCCUGCUUGUCCUUCCCAUCAUCUUUUGCGCCUAAUGGAAACUCUAGCGAUAGUAUCAAUUACCGUUCAUGCUACAAUAUCAGCAGUAAGGCCAAUUUGUUGAAGCAACAAUCCUACUUGUUCAAGGAAUACUUGAACUCCCCCUCGCGCAAUUACAAAAUUCAUCUUUUUCCUCGAAUUGAUGCUCGGUUGGAAGCUGAGCAACUAGAAGGUUCAGAAGCUGAUCGCGAGUCUGAAGGUUUUCGGUGGCCUUCUCCAAAUGACGAAACUCCAUUCUGGAAAAGGGAGUUUCCAUUUUGGGACCUCAGCUCGGAUGAUCCUGCUGGAGUGGAAAAGGAUGCUGAUCUAUUGCACAUUGUUCAUGUGACAGCUGAAAUGGCACCUAUAGCAAAAGUAGGGGGUCUAGGUGACGUUGUAACGGGACUUGGACGUGCCUGUUUAAAGCGUGGCCAUAAAGUUGAUGUCAUGCUUCCUUUCUAUGAAUGUAUUCCUAAGCAUUUAAUUGAUGAGCUAGCCUUGAUCAAAACUUACAACUCAUAUCUUGACGGAAACUGGGUAGCCUGUAAUGCAUAUCGAGGAGAAGUUUCAGGCGUUCCGGUGAUACUUAUUGAACCAUCCAACCACUUUUUCAAGGGGACAAACAUAUAUGGAGGGUCAUACAAUGAGUUAGAGGCAUAUUUGUUUUUCAGCCGUGCUUGCCUUGAAUUGAUGCAGGUAACAGGAACACAACCUGAUAUCAUUCAUGUACAUGAAUGGCAGACAGGUGCUUUACCUCUGUUUUACUGGGAUAUGUACCAAUUUCUCUCACUCCAGAAACCUAGAAUUGUAUUGACUAUUCACAACAUGGAGCAUUAUGGAGAAUGCAGACAAGAGCAACUCAGUAAGUUUGGUCUUGAUGGAUCUGCCUAUGCAACUGAAGACAAGGCCGUCGAUGAUCGCACAGUUGGCCAUAAUCCAGAGAGGUUAAGUUUGCUGAAAGGUGGCAUAGUAUACAGCAAUGCUGUAGUUACAGUUUCACCGACGUAUCUGAAGGAGACACUCUGUUCCGGAUGGCUUUCUAGUGCUUUGAUGCGAAACCGUGAUAAGUAUUCUGGCAUUUUAAAUGGGAUCGAUACUGAAAUGUGGAAUCCAGCAACGGAUGUUUAUUUGCCUGCUAAGUUUGAUGCCAGCAAAAUUGAAGGGAAGAGGAUAUGCAAACAAUUUGUUCAAAGGGGACUUGGUCUGCCUUUUGAAAGCAUCAAACAGAGUACUUGUGUGGCUGAUCAAGUACCUUUGGUUAUCUGCAUUACUCGAUUGGUCGCUCAAAAGGGUCUCCAUCUUAUCACUCAUGCGAUCAAGCAUGUUGAAGAACUAGGUGGACAGUUGGUGAUUUUGGGCAGGGCUUCAGAUGGUCGAGUUGAGAGAGAAUUUGAAGGUUUAGCAGAAUUGUAUAACAAGGGCCCCAACAUCCGUAUCCUUUUGAUGUACAGCGAGGAGCUGUCCCAUAUGCUCUAUGCCGCUGCAGACAUGGUCUUAGUGCCAUCAAUGUAUGAGCCAUGCGGGCUAGCACAGAUGAUUGGAAUGCGCUAUGGAGCUGUUCCCAUAGUUAGGAAGACGGGUGGUCUUGCUGACACGGUUUUUGACUUGGAUGAUCAAUCUCAAGCUGAGAUUGCUAACGGGUUCGUCUUUGAAGGAAUUGAUGAAGGAUCCUUUAAUCGGGCUUUAGACCGUGCAUUUUCUUACUAUCGAGAAAAACCAAAUGAAUGGAAAGCUGUUGUUCAGAAAGUUAUGCAUAUUGACAAUAGCUGGAAUAAUACAGCAGGGAAAUACAUAGAUAUCUACAAUUCCAUAAAAGUGAGGUGAAAUAAUUUCUCAAGGCACAAAUCAUUUUGCCAUGAUCAAGAAACAGGACCAGUUUAUCUUUAGUGUAUAUUUUUCCUUUUGUAAUAUAUUACAGAUGCUGUAGUUUCCUCUGCCACCAGUAGAUCCCACUUGUAAUAAAGGAACAAUUAACAAAUUUCUCCUACAGUAUGUAAAUGCCUCCCCCUUAAUUUCAAA